CCUACAUCUUCUCGAGGCCCAAACGUUGUAUUUUAGUGUAUUCUUUCUAUUAAAGGUGCUUUAAAUUUAAAAAUUAAAGUAAGUAUGUCCUUUAAUGGCUUAGAAGGUGAAAUUGGGUCGAAAGAUUCCAUGAUAGAUUCUGAAAAUGAUUUCUCAUUAAAACAAAAUGAUUCUGGCAUGGGGAUGUUAGAUUCAUUUUUAGGAGAUAUGAUUCCAAUGGAUUUAGAUGAACAAUCUAAAGAUUUAGAGCCUGAUUCUGUAGAUAUGAAGAAUGAAAGUGGUCAAGAUGGUUUUAGCUACGAAGAUGGAAUCGGGUUUGGUAAAACGCUUGACGAAGGCGAUGAUUUAGAAGAUGAUGUUUCAGAUGACAAUUUGCCUGAAGAAGAGCAAGCCGUCAACUAUACGGGCAAAGAUGAAGAUGAAGAUUUUAGGAGUUUACUAGCUAAGGAAAUGGGCGAGGAAGCCGCAGGUCAAGUUCUAAGUGGCGUUGGUUUUUCAGUACCAGCAGGUCUGGUAGAUAUGAAUGAAACGCCUUCCGCUCCAGUUGUCCCGAGCACAGCUGAAACACAGAAUGAAGAUCAGAUUCGGGAAAAUAUUGUGAAAACUUAUUUUCCUACUUUUAAACGUGGAGUACUAUUAAAUUUCUCGGAAUUAUUUCGCCCUAAACAUGUCAAGUUAGCUCCGCCUAAAAAGAAAACCCCAAAAGUUUGUGUCCCAACGAGGCUAGCUCUUGAGAUUGAGCCGGACUACUCGGCCAUAUUUAAUUCUAAAAAACCCAUUCCUGUAAAGCGUGAUAUCGUUCCUGCUUUAUCGACACAAUCCACUAAAAGACGAAAAACUGGUAGACUUACUCAGAGAAACGAUGGACUUGAUUUGAACACCAUUUUCACAACUAACGAUUGGGAAAAAGGGAUUAUUUACGAUGAAAAGGACUUAACGAAAUUAGAUCGCCCUUCCUUCUCCAUAGACAAAUCGUUAGUCGAUUUCGAUCUAAACAUUGAUGAGAAUAUUUUUGAAGGUGAAACGGGAGGUUCAAAAGUGGUUCUCAAUUUGAAUGACCCGAAGUUACUUUUGCAACCUCAAAAACGGGAUGAACAACACCGCUCAUAUCACGACCUACAUCUACGCAAUUCAUUUUCAUGGAAAUAUAAUUUAUCUAAUGAUAGUGCUUACGAAAUGCUUAAGCAAAAUCACCAAUCCAAAGUCCGAAAUACUUUGUCUCAGCUUGCUAUUGAGCAUGCUGCUUUUGCUGAAAAACUAACUUUCCCUUACUAUAAGACUAGACUCAGUAAAAGAGCUGUGCGAAGCUUUCAUCGACCGAAUAUGUCGUUUAAACCAAAUGCCGCUAUUGUGUUUUCUCCUUUGAAUAUUCGAAAGAAAAGUAAGGACAAAAAUAAGUCUGAAAGAGGGCUUAUUCCCGAAACAAAAGAUAUGACUAUGGGUGAUACCACGCAUGCCAUUUUGGUAGAGUUUUCUGAAGAGCAUCCUCCUGUUCUUUCUAAUGUUGGAAUGGCUAGUAGGAUUGUAAAUUACUAUCGAAAAAAGAACGAACAUGAUGAAUCACGACCCAAAUUGGAAGUUGGUGAGAGUCAUGUUUUGGAUGUUCAGGAUAGAAGUCCUUUCUGGAACUUUGGUUCCGUGGAGCCUGGAGAAAUAACACCCACUUUAUAUAAUAAGAUGAUUCGUGCUCCUUUAUUUAAGCAUGAACUCCCUUUUACAGACUUUAUCCUGAUUCGGAAUUCAAGCAGUUAUGGUUCCAAGUACUAUCUGAAAAACAUCAAUCAUAUCUUUGUGAGUGGACAAACUUUCCCUGUCACUGAUGUCCCUGGUCCUCAUUCUCGAAAAGUAACUACUGCAAGCAAAAACCGUCUGAAAAUGCUAGUAUUUAGACUUAUUAGGCGGUCACCAACUGGCGGUCUUUUUAUUAGGCAGCUCUCACAACAUUUUUCAGAUCAGAAUGAAAUGCAAAUUCGUCAAAGGCUUAAAGAGUUCAUGGAAUAUAAAAAGAAGGGCGAUGGACCUGGUUAUUGGAAACUAAAGUCUAACGAAGUUGUUCCCGAUGAGGCUGGUACUAGGUCUAUGGUUUCUCCUGAAACUGUAUGUUUGUUAGAAAGCAUGCAAGUUGGUGUCCAACAAUUAGAGGAUGCUGGAUAUGGUAAAACAAUUGAGGAGAUAAACGAUGACGAUGAAGAAGAGCAACCAGCAGAGCAAUUAUUAGCACCAUGGAUUACAACUAGAAAUUUCAUUAAUGCUACUCAAGGAAAAGCUAUGCUUACGCUUUUCGGUGAAGGAGAUCCAACUGGUAUUGGUGAAGGUUAUAGUUUCAUCCGUACUAGUAUGAAGGGUGGUUUUAGGCCCGCUGGUGAACCAGAUGAUAAACCUGAGCCGCAAACAAAGAAUGCACAUGCUUAUAACGUCGCAAAACAACAGCAAGCCUACGAAGAAGAGAUUAAUCGGAUUUGGAAUGCCCAGAAGCGUGGCCUUGCUAUUUCAAACAUUGAUGAAUUGGCAAGGAAGUAUAAAAUCAAGAAUAAAUACGAAGAUUACCUUGAAACCGAAGAACCUCCAAGAGAAGUUACUCCUUCCACAGAUAAGGUUCUUCGCAUCGUUCGAGUCUAUCAAGAUCGCAAUGGAAAUUGGGAUCGUAAACAAGAGAUUGUUCAUGAUCCCAUUGUUAUUCACGCGUAUUUGAAAAAGCGGAGAGAAAUCGACGAACAAUCUACUGCUUUGGAUGCGGUCGUUCCUACAGGAGAUGAAGCCAUCGAUAAACGCAAUCGUAAAAGAUUGGAACAGGAGCUUGCAAAGAGUCAAAAGAAUUGGGAGCGCAGAAGAGCUCGUCAUGCUGCCAAGGAAGGUAUUACUAUCAAUGGAGAAGGUAAAAAGCCGACUACUCGUAAAUGCAGCAACUGUGGUCAAGUCGGUCAUAUGAAGACUAACAAGAUAUGUCCGCUGUUUGGACGACCCGAAGGUGGAUUGGCUACUAUGCUUGAUAGAAAUUGAUGUCGAAUUUUUUAUACCAUUUGCAUAUACGAAAAGGGUCCUAUAAUAUUAAGAGAUUAAUCGCUAUUUAGUUAAUGAAUGAAUUUUUUUGGAUGAUACUGAUCAUGAUCUAUCGAAGGGCG